AUGUUCGUCAAAUCCGAAACCCUGGAGUUGAAGGAGGAAGAGGACGUGUUGGUGCUGCUCGGCUCGGCAUCCCCCACCUCUGCGGCUCUGACCCCGCUGUCCUCCAGCGCCGACGAAGAAGAGGAGGAAGAGCUGGGCGCAUCCGGCGGGGCGCGUCCGCAGCGCGGGGCUGAGGCCGGCCAGGGGGAGCGGGGCGGCCUGGCGGCGGCUGCCGAGGGCUGCCGACCCUCAAGGCUGCUGGGUCUCGGGCACGAGUGCAAACGGCGCCCCUCCCGGGCGCGGGCAGUCUCUAGGGGCGCCAAGACCGCCGAGACAGUGCAGCGCAUCAAGAAGACCCGGAGACUGAAGGCCAACAACCGCGAGCGAAACCGCAUGCACAACCUCAACGCGGCUCUGGACGCGCUGCGCGAGGUGCUCCCCACGUUCCCCGAGGACGCCAAGCUCACCAAGAUCGAGACCCUGCGCUUUGCCCACAACUACAUCUGGGCGCUCACCGAGACCCUGCGCCUGGCGGAUCACUGCGGGGGCGGCGGCGGGGGCCUGCCGGGGGCGCUCUUUUCCGAGGCGGUGUUGCUGAGCCCGGGAGGCGCCAGCGCCGCCCUAAGCAGCAGUGGAGACAGCCCCUCGCCCGCCUCCACGUGGAGUUGCACCAACAGCCCCGCGCCGUCCUCCUCCGCGUCCUCCAACUCCACCUCCCCCUACAGCUGCACUUUAUCGCCUGCCAGCCCCGCCGGGUCAGACAUGGACUAUUGGCAGCCCCCACCUCCCGACAAGCACCGCUAUGCACCUCACCUUCCCAUAGCCAGGGAUUGUAUCUAGAGCUGCCAUCUCUGCUAACCACGCCAGGCCUUAGUGGGUCCCCUUUCCUGUCCCCAGCCGAGCCCUCCUCCCUUCCCCUGCCCCGCCUUUCCAAGCCCUGGAAACCAUCUCACUUCGAAGGGCAGGUGUAGCCGUUCUGAUUCCUUGCUUGUUUCUUGCAUUUCCUGGCUUUGGUCUCAUUCAUUCAGAUGGGCUCUGAUUUAUUGAAGGUGUGACGGAGCUUAUUGUCAAAGUGAAGGGUGCCGUUUUGGAGGCGCUUCUUGAGACGAAAAAGACGCUGGGAAGAGAUGAUGGUGGCAUAUCGAAAGAGUUUGCAGAGCGGACUGACGCUCCUCCCCUUUCUCUGUAACGCCGGAGGACUUGGAGCAGUUCGUGUGAAUCUCGCGGGGGGAAUGCAACUGGUUCCUGUGAUCUCUUCACCUUUGCUUCUACAUAGAGAUGUUAAUGUCGAGUAGAAAGAAAUGUAUCUUAGCAUCUGAAUGAUUUUACUGGUAAUAAUAUUAUCCACAGAUUUGCAAUGGCUGGCAUCUGCUUUAUUCCCAUUGCUGUCUGCAGGCUGUGGGAAUUUCACCUGUCAAACCAAACUUUCCCUCUCUGAUGUGCACUUUGUUCUGUUUCCCAGAUUCGUCACAAUGCCUAUUGUCCUGUCCUUCUCUUUCCUCUUUCUUCCCCAUUUUGCCAUCUGUCUCUUAUGAUUUAUAAGGGGGAAAAAACUUGUUUUGUUAGAGGGGCAGGUUAGAAGUCAUUGUAUAAUUUGUAGGCUUUGUAAUGAUUGAAUGCAAGCGUGGAAAUUUAGGCUGAACUCUCUAUCAAAAGGAAAAAUGUGGAGGAAAAGGGAAAAAUCAGGAGGGAGGAUUGCUUCAUGCAUUAUUUAUCUCGACCUUUUAGGGGAGAAGGAACUCCCCCAUUCUUUAGAGAGAUUAAAAAUAAAUCAACAGUCUGAAAACCUAAGCAGAUACGGAGCAUUAUCGGGAUCAGCCACACACGUGUUCCCUUCUAUUUAUUAUAAAUAAAUUUUUCAUGGGAAAAUAUGUAUUUUUUUGUAUAUUCUACAGAGUUUAUUCUAGUAUGUAUUUACGUCUUGAAGAACAAGAAAGUUGUUCUUGUGAUUAAACUAUAAAUAAAGUAUCUAAUUUUCAUAA